AAAGGAUGUUUUUUAAAAGAAGAGGCUUAUUCAAAUGCAUCCUAUGUUUAUAAGAGAAAGAGAAAGUCUCACACACUAAUGCUUAAUGUGUUACAUGUUAUACCCUUUGAUCUGGUUAAUGAAUAUAAUUAACAUUUUAUCACAGUCAUUGGUUAAUGAAUAUAAUUAACAUUUUAUCACAGUCACAAGGUUCUCCUGUCACACUUGUAAAUUCUCAUUCUAGUUCAGCCUCUGUCCAACCAUGGUUAUCAGAAGAAUUAGACUCUGGGACUAACACUGCUUAUACCAGUGAAUUUAAUGACAAUUUGAUGGUUGAGAGUCAUGAAAUGAAGCUUCAUGAGCUUAAUACACUUGAAUGGGAUGACCUCGUGCUUUCAAACGACAACACCUCUAUAGCCGCUAGUGGAAAUGUUCAAUCCUUUAAUCAACAAAACCAAAGUUUUCUGAAAGGGAGCUUGAUGCGAGUGGAAAUUGGCGAGUUAAGAAUGAUUGUAAAAUAUGCGUUGCAAGUAUAGUUCUCAAC